AUGAAUUUUACACCUUUAAAUCAGACGCAGGAAACAAUACAAGAGAGUCCUCCACACAAGUUAAGGAGGUACAUCAUCAGAGGGACACAUGGAAACUAUUUUAUAGCCAAAGAUUAUGAAAUUAAAACAGAUGUUUCGAAAGAAGUGAAGAAAUUCCUAAAUGUUUUCUUCGGAGGCAAGACAAUAGAUAAGGACUGGACAAGAAAAUAUCCUGUGACGAGAAUAAAUAGAGUGAACAUUGCCGAAGAAUUAAAGGAAUCUUUCAUCAUAGAGUUUAAUGUUUGCGCAGCAUUAAAACAUACAGCACUUAACCCCGUAUUAGAUUAUGUUAUUGAUACUAGAGAUAAUGAGAAAGCUGGCCUUUUCAUCGUUUACAAGAAUUCAGUGAGAGACUACUUUGAUAAUUACAUUUCAAACUCUGUCGAAUCUGCUGUUAACGAUAUAAUAAUGAUUAAAAUCCUUCUAGGAGUGAUUUCUGCGCUAAGUUAUCUUCAUUCAAAUGGAAUCGUGGCAGGAGACCUCCGUCCAGGCACAAUCUUCCUUAAUUCUAGAAUGGAACCAUUACUCAUCAAUUACAACUUGCCACAACUCUACCCUUGCCCUCUCAUUCCGUAUGAAGUUAAAAAAUCGGAAUAUUCAGCGCCAGAACUCGCUGAUGAAUACAAAAUCACUGAGAAAUCAGAUGUGUUUUCGUUCGGUGUACUACUAUCAAAGGUCUAUUCGCGUUUAAUGUAUAAUGAAAAGAACUUUUUGAAGAGAUUGAAGAAUCUUUACAAAGAAUGCACUUCAUUAGAUCCAUCUCAGCGGCCAAAAUCACCACAAGUCGAAAAGAUGCUCUUCGAAAUUAACCAGCAGCUUCCUUAUACAUCACAACCUUUAACUGACUAUUAUUACAAUAUUAUCAAGAGUUGCCCUGAAUCAAAAACAAAUCCAAGGCAGACUUUCCAAUACAACGAGUAUGCAGAUAAUAUCAUGGAAUCUGUUGAGAAAAAGAUAGAUUCUUUGAAAAAUAUCGUUCCAAACAAAAUUCUUGUGAAAUGCAAGCAAAAUAUAUACAUGAGAGCAUUACUUAUAAGCUUAAUUGAACGAAAUACCGAAGCUGUUUGCAUUUGGAUCUUAUCAAAUUAUAAAAAUUUUAAAAUGCAAGAUAUAUACGAGAUAAUUGAUGCAAUCAUCCAAACAACAGUUAUAUGUUACCAGAAAGUCGAUAUUUACGCUAAACUCGCAAAGAAUUUGUACAAAACAAGUUUGCCGUCGAAUAAACUUGGUUUUAUACCAACAAUCAUUCUCCACAAACUCUUUACAAUCUUUAUGAAACAUGAUCCAUAUCCAAACUACAUGCCUUACGUUUCUUUUCUUCAUUCGAUUUAUCGGAGAAAAAUUAUCAAUAUCCAUGAAGUUUUGCAGAUGGUUAAAGACAUUUAUGAACAAGCACCAUCUCCAACAUUCGCUAUUCCUCUUUAUAUCUGGUUCAACAAAGAAAUUAAAGAAAUUGAUCCUGAUUUUUCUCAGAAAAUGAUUGAUUUGAUUGAAAAAACUGAUGUCAGACCAGUAUUUAAAUCGUUUAUUUCAGGAGAAGGCGAAAUCAGCCAACUUUCAUCGAUAAUUAUGGCUGAUAACCACAUUGCGUUCAAAAACUACAUGACUGAGCAUCCAGAAGCGAUGCAACAAGUCAUUAACCCAACAGUAUUUGAAGUUUGUCCUUAUGCUCAAGAUAACAUCUCUGUUCCAAUGUAUGUUUUGUUGUACAAUGCAAAUAAGAUUUACACAUACAUUUCUUCAGCAUCAAGGAUCUACGAAUGUGAUAAUGAUACUAUGAUGCAGAUGGCAUUGAUCGGAAAUCAUACUUCUUACCUUGAAAAUCACAAAUUAAAUUUGAAUUCUCAGAAAAUUAUGGAAUAUUCUGUAAAAUUCCAUAAUUAUACAGCUUUAUUGCAAGAAUAUGAGAAAGGAAUGAAGCCAGAAACUACUGAAUGCGUUUUUUCUUCAAUCAAAUUUAAUAAUUUGAUUUCUUUACUUCUUAUUUUAUCAAUUUCGUCCAAAAAUGGUGUAAAUAAAGUUGUUAAUGCAAAAGAGCAUUUCGGAAAGACUUUGUUCCAUGCUGCAGUUGAAAAUGGAGAUUAUUUAUUUUUGAGAUUACUUUUAUCAAUUUCAAACAUCAAACCAUUUAAAAGAGAUUCAUGGGGAAGGAAUUCUCUGCAUUGGGCAGCAAUAUACGGAUGUGAUUCACCAGAUAAAUGGUCAACAAAGAACACAGUUAGAUAUCCAUGGUGGUUUGGAGCUGAUUCUGAAAAAAUUACUGGUGAAAACAUCAAAAAUUUGAGUGACAUGUUUCGGAGAUACCAAUUUCCAGGAUCAUUCGCAACGAAAUUGCUGAGUACGCAGCAGGAAAUUGAUCCUUAUUCUUCUUUCAAAGAAAAUAAAGAAAUACAAGAAAAGUUGUCAACAACUACUUCUAAUUCUGAAAUUUGGUCACCAAGUAAUUUAACAUUUAACAAGAGAUUUGGAUCACCACAUCUAAUGAAACUUUUGUUGAAUUAUAAUUCGAAAAACAUCAAUGACAAAGAUGAAUACGGAAUGACUCCAUUGCAUUAUGCUGCUGAAAAUGGAGGACUCAAUGUUAUGAAGGUUUUGUUCUCAAAAAUUGGAUUGGAUCCAAAUUUGAAGGACGAAAAAGGAAGAACUCCUCUUCAUAUCUGCGCAAAGAACGAUGAUGCUGAUUGCUUUACAUUUCUUCUGAAGUCGGGAAAAGUUAAACCUGAAAUUGAGGACAAUAAAAAGAGAACUGCUUAUGAAGUUGCUGUUGCCAAUAAUUCUUUCAAAGUUCUCAAUGCUGCAGAAGAUCUAGCAACCAACGGUUGUCGCAUCUAA